GCGCAAGCGCGGCGCUGAGGGGCGGGGGGAGCGAGCCGGCGGGAAGCCCCGCCCCCGAAGCACGAAGCUCCGCCCAGUGCAGCGAAACCCCGCCCCCAGCGCGCCGAAGCACCGCCUUCGUGGCGGGAAGCCGCGCCCCGGUGAUGAUAAACCCCGCCCCUCCGCGGCUCGCGGCGGUGCCGCCGCGGCCGGGGGCGUGGCCUCCGCUUCCAGCCCCGGGGCCGGAGCGGUGCGAGCUGCCGAGCCCCGCCCGCCGGGUGUCCCCGGCCGCCCCCGCCGCCCGCACCAUGUCCGACGCUCCCGGCGUCCCCGGGGACGUCUGCAGCCUCUUGGCAGAUGUUGAAAAAUUUAUUUCCCAAACACUAAAAGGAGAAAAUCUAUCCAAGAAAGCAAAAGAAAGAAGGGAAGUUCUUCUUAAGAAGAUAAAGGAGAUUAAGGCAAGUUAUCCUCGAGAAUUCCCGGAGAAAGAGCUGGAAGAUGAGGAAGAGUCUGAGAACUCUCUUUCUUCGCCUCCUGAUAGCAUCUCAAUAGCAUCUGACCGAUAUGAUAAAGAGGAUGAAGGACCUUCUGAUGGGAAUCAGUUUCCUCCUGUUGCAGCUCAGGAUCUUCAGUUUGUUCUGAAGGCUGGAUACCUGGAAAAACGUAGAAAAGAUCACAGUUUUCUUGGCUUUGAGUGGCAGAAACGUUGGUGUGCUAUCAGCAAGACGGUCUUCUAUUACUAUGGAAGCGACAAAGACAAACAACAGAAAGGUGAAUUUGCCUUAGAGGGCUACACCAUCAGAAUGAAUAAUAGCCUUCGGAAGGAUGCAAAGAAAGAUUGUUGUUUUGAAAUCUCUGCUCCAGAUAAGCGCAUUUAUCAGUUUACAGCUGCCACUCCCAAAGAAGCAGAGGAAUGGGUACAGCAAGUCAAAUUUGUAAUUCAAGAUACGGGAUCGAAUGCUAUUCCUGAGGAGGAGGAAGAGGAAUAUGAUGAUGUUGGACAAGCGAACAGUGAACCGAUAGAUGAUAGCAUUUAUGAAGAAGUUAAAGAAGAACGUCUUUCUUCAAAAGCUGAAGUGCCAAGCAAUGAGAGCCAGGAGGAAGUUACCACUGUUCCAGAUAGCGAAAAUACCGAUUAUGCCAAUUUCUAUCAAGGUUUGUGGGACUGCACAGGAGAUGAAACUGAUGAGUUGACAUUUAAACGUGGUGACGUUAUCUACAUUAUCAGCAAGGAGUACAAUAGAUUUGGCUGGUGGGUAGGAGAAAUGAAGGGAACCAUUGGCUUGGUGCCUAAAGCCUACAUAAUGGAGAUGUAUGAUAUUUGAGAGGCCUGGGAGAAAUCUGCACUUGGAAUGAAGAGUGGUGUGCAGCUGCAGUUUACAGACCCAGCCUCUGGAAGACGAUUCUGCUGUACAUGUUUUGCGGUUUCAGCGAAUGUAGUCAGAUCGUUGCCUCGUGUAUAUUAAACAUUAUAAACUGUAAUUGAUCAUAACUUCACGGAAAUGGUCUUCUUAGGCACUUUUUAUAGAAUUUUAAUGCUAGGAAAUUCAUAGAUGGUAAUUAACAUAUGGGGCACAAGCAGCCAUAUAGUGCCUGUUGCUCUUUUUUAAACAUGUUAGCAGCACUCUGUAUAGCUGUAGGUUGGUGUUCUCUCAGGGAAUUUUGCUAUCUUUUCCUGUUCUGCAGAUUCAGAAAAAUUACGCAGAGCUUUGAGGGUAAACUCUUGCUCAAUUCAUACAUGCAUUAACCUUUUAAUGCUCACUGUACAUCUUGUGCAGUUUUAUCAGAAAUUUGAGGGAAAUUUAUGUAUAAUAUUUCAAAUCGUCGGGGUAUUAUGUUUUCAGAUGCUUUUAACUUAUGCUUUAGCCAAUGAUUCAUUUUUCUCAUAUAUUUAGUAUUGUACUGUUCAUUGUGUGUCAACAAAAUAGUAAUUAAGAUUUGAUUCUUUUGCUGAUGUAAUAAAUGGGUCUGUGUGGUAAUACUGCCAUGGUACCAUUCUGACUUGGACAUGGUAA